UGAGAUUGGUGGUGUAAAACCGGACCCAUAAAUGAGACAUUUUCAAGUACAUGGAUGGAUUUGCUUUGUAUCUUAUCCUGAAAAUCUCUUCCUCUGGAAAAUGGGAGAAACAACAGCAUCCUUAUUUGAACCAAAUUACCAUUCUUCAAGGCCAGGAAGAAUCCAACCCAGAGAAGCAAUUUUCUCAUAAAAAUGUUAAAAAGCCAGAAAGUCUUGCCUUCUUCCCCACAAAUCCUUCCUCCAAUACCAUCAUCAGUCACUCAAGUCCAGAAUUUUCCCACUCCCCCAACUCUUCCCGGUCUUAAACAUAACUGCAAAUUGUCACGCCGGGAACUUGCAAUUUCCGGCAAUUCAUCAUUGCUUCUUCUUCUGGGUACUCAGAUUCUGGAACCAUAUUUCAACCUGUCUAAGGUGCAAGCUGAAGAAGAGAAUUUGAAUGAUACUAGUCUUGACUGUACUAGCAAGGUUGCAACCAAGAAAGCUUUUCUUGAUAUAUCCAUUGAUGGAGAGCCUGUUGGUCGCAUUGUUGUUGGGUUAUAUGGAGAAAAUGCACCAGCUGGAGCUGCAAGGUUUAGUAGUCUUGUCAGUGGAGCUGCAGGUAUUAGCUACAGAAGAAAAGAGUUUAUCAAAAUCAUGCCAAAUUAUGUGCAGCAUGGCGGUGUAAGAUCAUAUGGAGUGGAUGCUGAACUUGCACAGAAAACAGGAAGCAAUCUGGCAAUUGAUAAUCUCAUAAAAGAAUGGGAGAGAGACAACGUCAAGUGUCCUGGGACUAAGAACUUGGCUGGAACUGUCAGCAUUAUCGUCAGAGAUCCUUUGAAGCCGCCUCCAAAGCUUAAGUUGGUUGCCCGGCAAGGCAAGCUGAAGAUUGAUCAAGAGGAGGUUGGUAAGGACCCCAAUGGGACAGAGUUUGUUAUUUCCACAGAGGAUUCCCCGGAGCUGGACGCCUCAGCUCUGGUCAUCGGAAGAGUCUUGGAAGGAAUGGAGGUCGUGGAGAAGAUUGGGCAAGUUAAGACUGUGCAAGAGAAUACUGGUUCUCCGUAUUUCAGGGUUGCAAAGCUAAUAGGAGACAAAAGGGCUGUUGUGGCAGAAAGAGGCUUCAACCGCCCGUACUCAAAGGUGAUCAUCACAAAUUGUGGCUUGAUGGCAUAACGACAAUUUGAUACUCUUGUCUUGUUCUUGCAGUUCUGUACUAUGAGAGAACAAUUUCAUGCGAAGAACAAGUAAUAUUGCAAUUGUCAAAAAAACUUGUUAUAAUA